AUGUCAUCAGAACACCUCAUCUGUACCACUCAAGGAUCAGAGCUGACUGUCAUUGAAAUCAAUGCACAGAUCAGCUUGACUGUAAUAAUACCUAUGGAUGUUUCUAUUACACAACUAGUAUUUCCAAACUUAAAGUCCAUCAGUAUCAUGGCCUCAGGUUCACCCUACCAAAUGGCCAACACAACAGCCAAUGUAAUGGCAAUGCUCGAUACACAAGGCAACGAAAAGUUGACCAGUAUCAGUCUUGGGUACAACACAGCACUCAGUAUCCUCAUCUCUGAUUUCUAUCCACAAUAUAUACCAUUGGACACAGUAGAGUUCAAUCAGAUUACCAUUGAGCAGAUAGUACCAGAGAAGUUCAUCACCCGACUCAAAUCAAUCAAGAUCAAUCAAUGUGUAUUCUCAGAGCCAACUGGUGGACAGAUUGAUCUGAAUCCAGCAUCCAUACACAGCAAACUGACAACGAUUAACAUUGAUUUCCCAUCGACACAAGUUCGCAGUAUAUAUCCAAUCAAUGAUAGUAGCUUCCCUCUUUUGGAUGAGUUGACCAUGACAUCGCCAACUCAACUUGGAGUGACCUUGAACCACACCAAUAUCACAUGGCUGUCAUUGAAGAGGACUCCACAGAAUCUUGCACCAGGCACACUUAACAUCAUACGAGCAAACUCAUUGGCUAACCUUAAUCUAAACAAUUUCAAAGCGACACCAAACGAUUUGAGGCCACUAUCCAUCUCUGCUGCAUCAAUAACGUAUUGUUCAGCUAAUGUCAUUCAAUUUGAUAAUCUGAAUGAGUUGUCCUAUACUUGGUCCAACCUCACUACAUUCCCAGCAGUUGACACAUUCAACAAUCAGUCCAAUGGUCUAGUUCAAUCAUUAACACUCUAUGGCAAUAACAUAACAGGACCACUCCCAGUGUAUCCAAGUAUAUCAAGUAUUACGGUAUCACAGAAUCCAUCAUUCGCUGGACCAAUACCAGAUCAUUAUUGUAGUCUUCAAUUGGAACAAAUGUCCUUCCAAGAUACAGCACUCAAGAAUGUACCAGAAUGUUUCUUAUGUGCAUGGACAAAGGCCAAAGGUCUAUUCAGUGGUUCUCUAAUGUCGGGUCUACCCUCCGGAUUUACAUGUAACUCAUCAAUUGACCUCAAAGUCUUCUUGAUGACACCAACGACCAAUAUGACAUCGAUCACAAUCACUGGAUCAAACCUUGGAUUUGGAGUUGAUGGAGACAUGUCUCCAGGAUUGAAGUGUCUUGUUCCCAAUCAACAGUUUGUAUAUACACCACCAACUCCAAAUGGACCAGGAAAUCUACAAUUCUCCAUCAGUGAUUCUAUUAGCAAGUCAAUCAAUUGGGCCACAGAUAUCACAAUGGUCAGCAGGGCAGUUGCAGAGAGAUAUUAUAGUGAUUGGGAAAUCACUGUAUUGGGUAACUUUGACGUCAACCUUCAGUAUAACAUAUCAGUCAAUCUUCAAACGAUGGUGGCCACACAAGUCACUCCCAACUUUAUUAAAUGUAUUGUGACUGCGACUACCAUGAGUAGGAUGCCCAAACAAGUUGGUGUCCUGAAUAACUACCAAAAGAAGGUUGGUGCAAUUCAAAUUAUGAAGUAUCCAUCUAUAUCAUCAUUCUCCAAGACAACAACGGAUAGCAAGGACAUUGCAUUUUAUGGAUACUUUAGUAUUAUUACCAAUGCCACAUUGAAUGUCACCAUCAAUGGUCUUGGAUGUAGAGUAGCAUUCAUCAACUCAUCACUACUCAUAUGUAAUGUUACCACUGGUCAAUUGAAGCCUGGAUAUGCCAACCUAUCACUUGCCAUCAAUGGGGAGCUAUUCCAAUCAGAUCAAUACCUCCUGAUAUCAUCAUCAAGUAUUGUUGAUGAUUGCGGUGCGUCAAGUGGAUGUAGUGGAAAUGGACAAUGUGUUGAAGGAAGGUGUCAAUGUGCCAAGGGCUUUGGUGGAUAUUAUUGUGAGUCAAGGACCAAUGAUGGUGUGGUAGUGAUCACUCCAGAUGCAAGUAGUCCUGCGACUGUAAUCAAGUCAGAGGGUGCCACUUUCCUAUUCAAUGUUGUGGCCAUUCAAGAACUCGAUCAGAUUGGUCAGUUGGUCAGUGAGUUGCUCACCACAACUUGGACAUCCACGACCAUCAACACAGACACGAUGACAUCACAUAUCUACAACUUGACAUCAUUCAAUCAAACACUCAAUCUCAAGGUGUCAUCAAGACUGGAUGUGUCUACUGUCGAGAGGACUGUGGUGUUUGCCGGACAGACAUUCACUUGCUCACCCAACUCUGUCAAGUUGACAAUGUCCAUCGAGCAUUGGCCAUUCCAAUCAAACUUGAACACUCUACGCAUGGUGUUGCACAAGGAUGGCACACUCAACAAUGACACUGGCGUUUGUGGAACCAAGAGCGUAGUUUCAGUGGACCCCUUCAACAACAUGCAAUACCUCAAGGUGAUCAACAACAAUGGCGUGGAGCUGUACGGACGCUUCCUCCCAUACGCCAUGUCGGACGGACGUCCAGCAUUGUCGCGCAAUGAGAUCAUCAACACUACAAACUCAUCAACAUUCAUUGGCAUCAAUAUGCCACAUUGUUUGGAUGAGUGUGUUGUGGAUCCAGACUUCUCAGUGCUUGUCAACCCCAGUCCACAGCCAUGUGACGAUCAAACCAAUCGUUGGAAGUUGCCCGUGAUCAUUGUAUCAGUGAUCGUCGGUACCAUCCUUGUUUCAAUCAUCACUGUAUCCAUCAUCAAACGUAGACUCAAAGGUCGAAGACUUAGAGAUGUCGUCACACACAAGUUAAAGAAGAUAUCAAACUAG